GAUUUGUUCAUUGAAAAGCAUAAACAAACUAAAGAAAAGGGAGAAUACGCCCAUUGAAAUGCAGUUGCCGACUAUCUGCCGCACCUGUGAUGUGGUGUUUUCCCAUACUCUGCACGAGCUGUCCGCUGUAAUUGAAAACAUGCCCACAUUUGAAGGUGGUAAGCACCUUGCGGAUCUGGUCAGUGAAUUGACGAAAAUCGAUCUAACUGGAGCGAUAUCCGACGGGUUGCCCCAAAAACUGUGUGAUAGCUGCAUGCGAAAGUUGAAAAACGCCUACAACUUUGUGGCACAGGCUCGAACCGCCAAUGAGAUACUGCUGAAGCAUUAUCUGCGAAAAGGUAAACCCAUCGGUUCGGAUGCACCGGACUGCUUACAAGAGAUGCCAAUGGAGCUCUGCGUUGCUCAGCAUGUAGAGGUAAAAAUAAAAACUGAACCCGAUAACGACGCGGAAGGAGCCCAACACGUUCCUUGUACCGAGCUUUUGAACACGGCAGCAAAUCAAACCAAAGCUUUGCAAGGACUAGAGACUGAAAAGGAUAUCAACAUUUUCAAGAAGUCUUUGGAUCCAUUGGUAAUGCCCGAAACUGAAGCAGUUAAAUCGGAAUCAGACGUAGAAUCCUUUUCAAAUGGAUUUUCUAGCAAUGAUCUGGAUGAUCAGGACUCCCUUGAUGAUUUACCCUUGCAACAGCGCGCACAAACGUGCAAAAAGAAAAGGGUACCAAAAAAUAAAAAUAAAAAAAAUAAGAAAAUAAAUAUUGGUAGAAAUCAAGACAAAUAUAAAAAACUGGAUGCUGAUUAUGAGAUUGGAACGUGCAUAAUGCCAAAACGUACUGCAAACCUCAGCGAACGAAAGAAAGCUAAGGAAAUGGAUCCAAAUCUUUGUAAGCCACAUGGCUAUAAGCUCAUUCAAUGCAUGAUUUGCCAAAGUAAAUAUGACAAAAUUUGUCACUUGCGUAACCACCUUGAAGAACACCCCGAUAUUUUUGGUUUUGAUGAGCAACAGAAUGUAAACGUAACUGAAAUGGUAGAAUUGUUUUAUCCCGAUCAAAAGCAGCUCAGCUUGGAUCAGUUGAAGGAUCGUAUACAUAAGGAUUUGAAAGCCGGAAAAUACUAUCGCUUUUAUUCCAUAACAAAUCAGUCUGGUUACGAAAUGGAUCUGGACACUUCGGAGACAGAGACUGAAGCAGAAAUUGAAACGGAAGAACAAACUACGAUACGUAGAAAAUCCACAAGAACCAACUAUCUUUGCGAGCUCUGCCAGCAAAAGUACCCACGGAAAUAUUUACUAUACGAGCAUCAGCGGCAGACACACACUUGGUCCGAGGCUCCCCACAUUUGUGGGCGCUGCGAUGCACGCUUCGUAAGCUCCAAACUUCUCACGCAUCAUUAUGAAUCGCAGUGCAAGAACUCCCAAAAGCGUUUUAUUUGCCAUAAAUGCCCUCUUCGUUUCCGUUGGAAACACAAUUUAAAAGCCCACUACCGUGACCACAAGAGUGCAAAUCAAACCUUUGAAUGUCACGAAUGCAAACGUGUUUUUGAUAAGAAAAAAUCCCUAACUGUUCACCUGCUUAGUGUUCACGCCGAUGAGUCCAAGCUUAUUCCAUGCCAGUGGUGUAGCCGAAAAUUUUAUCGGCGUGACUACUUGAUUAAGCAUCUCAACCGACAUGGCUUUAAAGAGCAGGAUAUUCCACUAGCAGAGACUCUGAUAGCUGCUACAUCGAAGCCAAAUGGUGUUAAGAUCAUUAAAUGCAAAAUCUGCAAUAUACAGUUUAAUCGUAUAGCUGAUCUGCGUGCUCAUAUUCAGCUGGAACUAAAGUUGUCCUUAACUUUGCAUCAGAAUUACGAAUCUCCAACCAACUAUUCUAUAACAAAUCAGUCCGGUUUUGAAAUGCACCUUGAAGACUCUGAAACGGAUGACGAAACACAAUCAGAAGCACCUUCUGAGCACUGUAAGAUGCCCACGCUCUACGUAUGUGACAUUUGCAAUGUACAGUCUCGUCGAAAGUAUGAGAUGGUCCAGCAUCAACGAACGAUGCAUCAAUUCGACAAAGUACCAUAUGAAUGCGAACGAUGCAUAUUUAAAUGUGUUUCAAAGAACAUAAUGGAGCAACAUAAGGAAGUGCAAUGUCAUAGUAAAAAUAAGAAGCACAUCUGUCCCACAUGUAGCUAUCGGUUUAUGUGGCCUGAAAAUCUUGAGCAGCACAUCCUUCUGCAACAUAGCAAUAUCAUGAUUAAGGCAACUCCCUCUAAAAUUAUACACGCUCAUCCCUCUGCAGAGUCUAAGCAAACUACAGAUGCAAGUGCGUCUGGAGCACAAAUAUUACAAUGCCCACACUGUGAUCGAACGUACCAAAUGCAAUCUCGACUUAAUAAUCAUAUUCGAGAUGUCCACGUCAACGGGGAUCGAAAGCGCAAGGAAGCUCAAAAAAAGUUCCUGUGCUCUCUCUGUGGCAAGGAAACCCAAUCAGCCUCAAAUUUAAUCACACACAUGAGAAGGCACACUGGUGAGAAACCAUAUAAAUGUGAUAUGUGUGAUAUGGCCUUUCCACGCCAUUCUGAAAUGCUCAUCCAUCGUCGGAUGCACACCGGAGAGAAACCAUUCCAUUGCACCGUUUGUGGAAAAGACUUUGCUAGGUCCGAUAAGCUAAAGAGACACAUGUUGACGCAUAGUGGCUUGAAACCGCACAAAUGCACUUACUGCGAGAAAAGCUACCGGCAGUCGAAGGAUCUAAAUUUGCAUUUGCAACAACACACAGGUGAGUCUCCCUUUGUGUGUGGCAUUUGUGGUGAACGAUUUAUUCAAAGUAGCACUUUGGAAAAACAUCGCAUGAUGCGCCGUCACUUCGACGAGGUAAAAUAAGUUAUACAUAUACAAACUAAAUGCAUAAGAGAGGAUACGUUAAGUCAAUUUGUUUAAAUGUUUUAAAAGAAGUAUUUCUUAAAAAAAGGUUUACAAUUGCGCCAACAAAUGUAUGAAUAAAUCAAAAAUAUACUGGUA